GCGCUUUGUGAUGUGAUUAAAUGUAACCUCUAACAUUAGGCUUGGAUCAUUUUAUUUCAAAAUCUCAAAAGAAAUGACAAAUAUAUUUUUGAAAGAUUGCAACUUGCAAAUUAUGAUAUGCCAAAGAAACAGUUUGAUCUAUUUACUAAGAACUAGGAGGUAACGAUAAAUCUAGAUAAUUUGUAAGGAUUUUUCUGCACAAAUCAUGUGCAAGACACAUCAGAAAAUGCUGUCUACAUUAUUAUUAUAUAAAAAGAUUAUAAGAGGAAUAACAAAUACCUUAAUGCGACAAAAUUCGCAUUAUGUGCUGAGUUAUAUUUUUCUGGAAUAUCUAUAUUAUAGAUUGCAAAGAUUAUUGAAACAAAAGCUUUGCUGGAUUACUUUACCAGAUACAGCUUUAAAAUACAUAUUGGACAAUUUGGAAAAUAUACAGAAUGAGUAUAUUGAUUAUGACUCUUGUGCACUAGGAAAUAUACAGUUUUUAAAAAAAUCACCAAGUUCCUGGUUUCAUGCAUGUUCAAUGAUUUCAAUGACGAAAUAUAAAUUAAUGAUAACUUCUAUAGCUGAUAUAAAUGAAAACACUAUCCUAAUUUCCGAAACAAUGCAACACAAUUUGCAAAAUGCUCUUUGUUGUGAACAAUUAGACGAAUCAUGUUUUAUAUUACCAUUGGAGGCUGAUGUGGUUGAGUUUGCCACUGAGGCAAGAAUAUCUUUAAUCGCUAAUCCAUACGAUUGUGCAACUGAAAUAAUAAAUACCAUGUUAGAAAAUUACUUUUUACAUCCUCGAUAUUUGCAUAUAAAUGAUAUAAUUAAGAUCGACGCGAAGGAAUACGCUCAAGAUCGAUUUUAUUCGUCUGGUUCUGCGGCGAUUCCCACACUACAUUUUGCAGUUAAAUCAUUAAAAUUAUAUCACGACGAGCGCAUUAAUAGCGUUAAUAGUUGUUACGUCGUACGAGGAGAAACAGCACUUAUUCAGGAAGCACAAGUUCACGGUUACAAUCCUCGGAAACACGUUUUCUCUUUUUCCGAUGACGUUUUCUUACGACGGGGCGAAAAGAUAAGAUUACCGAACGGCAAAUGUCCAUCAGUUCUUAAGGAGUCUUUGGAGUAUAUAGAAUCUUGCAUUAUGCCUUUUCUAAAAGAAGACAUCCAAUCGCAUAUAAGGCCAGUUUUUCUUGUGAAAGGACCACGAGGCUGCGGCAAACACGAAUUAGUUCGAAUUGCGUCGGAAAAAUUUGGAUUGAAUUUACUGGAUGUUGAUUUCGCACAAGUACAAACUUUAACGUCAGUGCAGACCGAAGCUAAGCUUCGCAUAGUUAUGCAAAAUGCGCAACAAUGUGUGCCAUGUAUAUUAUAUUUAAAUAAUAUUCAAGUUUUCGGUAAGAGUGCUGAAGGCCAGAAAGACGAAAGGAUCAUAUCCGCCUUUUCGGCGGAGAUUGCUGCGUUGUAUGGCAAACGUCGCAAGUUUCCUUUGAUUAUUAUAGCUGCGUCGGAUGAGACUGACAUACCCGCAGAAUUGCAAAGGAUAUUUAUUGAGACAAUUCACAUGAAGCACUUGAAUAAGAAUAAACGGACGGAAUUAAUGUCUUGGUUAUUGUCCAACGGAAAUCUAACAACCACCGCGGACCUCGCAAGACUGGCUGGUCUUUGUUCGGACUUUAGAUUUGCCGAUUUGUUGGCAUUGUCAUUGCACGCGACCAAGUUUCGGUGUAAAUUAACUUCGCCCGAUUCCAAAUGCACAUUGGCACAGGAAGAUUUUGAUCGAGCUUAUGAAUAUAUGCAGUCGAUUUAUUCGGACAGUAAAGGCGCACCACGCGUACCGGAAGUUCACUGGGAAGACAUAGGCGGCUUAGCGGAAUUGAAACACGAGAUUAUUCGCAGAAUUCAACUACCUUUGUUAAACGCUUUCGGAUUUGGCCAAUCUGGAUUACUAUUGUACGGCCCGCCUGGCACUGGGAAGACUCUUCUCGCUAAAGCAGUAGCGACGGAAUAUCAAUUGCAUUUUUUGUCGAUUAAAGGGCCGGAAGUGUUGAACAUGUACGUCGGUCAGAGCGAGAAGAAUGUGAGACAAAUUUUCGAACGUGCGCGCUCCGCUGCUCCUUGUAUCAUUUUCUUCGACGAGCUGGACUCGUUGGCGCCAAAUCGAGGCAGAAGCGGAGAUAGUGGCGGCGUAAUGGAUCGCGUGGUGUCUCAGCUACUCGCCGAGAUGGAUGGUCUCGAGGAGUCCGGCAGCAUAUUCAUUAUAGGAGCUACAAACAGACCCGAUCUUAUAGAUCCUGCGCUGCUCCGACCCGGAAGAUUCGACAAAAUGUUGUACGUCGGCAUUCACUCGGAUCGCGCGUCUAAGCUCAACGUUUUGGAAGCUCAGACGCGUAAAUUCCAAUUCCGAGAAAAAGGGAAAGAGCUAGAGUGUAUCGUAGAUCGAUUGCCCGACAAUGUGACGGGCGCGGACUUGUAUUCAGUCUCUUCCAAUGCAUGGCUCAAUGCUGUACGCCAAGUUGUCAAUAAGCAUCGGGAAGCCACGAAAAUGGACGAAACAAUCUUGUCUGCCCAAGAGGAAUGCAUAAUUAAUGAUAACAUCAUUGUGGAAGUGCAGCACUUUUUGGACGCUAUUCGCGAUCUGGUGCCUUCUGUCAGCGACCAAGAGGUGGACAGAUACAAUAGGAUGCGGAUGGAGUUGUCAUCGUAAUAUCAGCCAUUACAAGGUAUGACAAAAUAUACAAUGUGAUACAUUUGGUUUCUAUUCAGGAUAUCCUUAUCUCAUGAUGUAUCUCAAAUAACAAUGUUGGACGAAUAACAUUGUCGGUCGAUAUAGAUAAUCUCGUGCAUGUUAUAAACGACAUGUUAUUUUAUUUCGAGAAGUAUGUAAAACAAUUUGUACAGCGAAUAAUUAAAAUGAAGGAGGAAAUCGA